AUGGGUCUUAAAGAGCGGUAUGAAUCAUUGAUACUGAGCGGUAUUUUAGAAUCCCGUGUUGGGAUCGUCGCGUUGCGUUUUGGAGAUCACUCAGUAACGACAGAGUUGUGCUCUUUGUUCUUCACUGUGCUAAAGAAUUUUGAACAUUUUCAUGACACAAUGGAAGAGUACUCUUCCUACAUUUGCAAAGCGCUCGAAAACUUUGUGUCCGGUUUACAUGCAGCACCAGAUUCAAAGCUCUUAAAAUGCUCUAUUCUCCUUGUAGCCAGCAUCAUUCAAACUUAUACUAAAUUUCCAGCACUUGCAGAGGAAUGGUUCAAAGUCAAAAUGUCAAAAUCAAACCCCAAUGAAGCAUCAAAAAAACGAUUUCCCACAUUUGAUUUCGUUCACAGAUUCAUAAACUCUACAAUUUACCCUCCCCCAAGCGAAACCUUUACGCUUCAGUAUCGCGAUAUACUGCUGGGUAACCUAGCUAGGCUGGUAGAUAUUUCUCAACAGGUUCGUCUCUAUUUCACUGAAUCCCAGCUGUGCGAGACACUCCUAAAAUACCCUUUAUCUUUGCGAGAGCAGGAAAGUGAAAACAGACUAAGACGGGAUCCAAUCAAAAACAAAGUUACCACAGAACUAUUCACAGAAACUCAAGAAUAUCAACUUUAUAUUUCAUCACUCAUUUAUUACCUUGAUAUCAUGGAACUGUGCAAAAAUCAUGACUCGAAAAACCAUUUUGUGCUGGUACUAGGAGACUUCUUUGAGAAUCUGUUAGUUUACUACAACAUAAAUAAGAAUGGUACCAUAGUAUCCAUCUUAUAUGAGGGACUCAAGGCAAUAGCAGAAAAAUCAACUUUUAAAGUUUGUCAUAAUUUGAUUACUGCUAUCAUCGAAAAUCCUCUAUUUCAGUCUAUGAUUUGGUCUAGUCUACUUUGUUUUAAGGAAUCUGAAUUGACAGGAACAAUUGAAAAAGCCGCCUCAAGAGUCACUCACAAAUACACUCUUGACUUUGUCAAAUUUAUCUACUCGACUUCAUCUCCAACGAUUCAAAGUAUCGUUUUUGUGAAAACCCAACCUUGUUGUGAAAAAGGAGAGUCAUACUGGUUCUUAUCUAACAUCAGCCAAAUUUACUCUCGGGAAGAGGACAUUUUCUUGGUAGCUACAAAAAUGAAGCAGUGCUUUGAUAUCGCUUUACGUUCUAGGAAGUCAAUCCAAAAAGGAGCAUACUUGAAUGAAGAGUCACUAUUUUAUCAAGUGCUAGUUGUAAGACUCAAUGCGUUCUACCUGUAUGACGCAACAGAGAACAAGCAAUUCUUGAGUUUAAUAAUAGCACUGGUUCUCGAUUUGGGUGGAUCUCCGUUGGAUUACGAGGAGUCGUCGUUGCUUCUUGCACUGAAGAAUCUAAUAUUUACCUCCCAAUUGGUUUCCACGACUAAAAAGAAACUCUUUACAAUCGAUCCAGAAGGCCUUUGUUUUCCGUAUGAAAAUAUUCCUUCCCUAUUGAAUCUUCCAGAUCUGAAGCACUGGGUAUAUGAUCAGAGAAUGGGCUCUGUGAAAUUGAAAAGCAUUGCUAAGAUGUUUUCAGUGAAUCAAGAAUUGCUAAGGAAAUUUCUUCUUGAACUCUACUGUUAUAAAAAGGUAAUGGGGAUUGGAAAGUAG